AAGGUCGUUUUGCCAUAUUGUCGAUGAAGCACUUUGAAUUUAAAUAACUUUACUUGGAGUUGACAGAUUGAGCUGAAAUAAAUGGAGAAUUUUCCUAACAAAUUAAAGUCGCUAAAGUAUGUAUAUAUCUAUUUGGUGAAGAAGGUCCCUUUUCAUGGAGACAGUCACAAUAUGUUAAUAUUUUGGAGGAUACAUAUGUACAUGUAUGUGUAUAGCUUGUAGGCUGGUAAUUUGGCAGUAUAACUGACGAGUUUAUCUUGAAAAGCGGUCAGUUUGUGUGUAUUUGUAGCCUAGCAUCAAACAAAAAUUAUGGGAGGUUAUAAUUUCUACUUUUUUUGGCUGUAGACACAAGUUUGAAGUACAUUUAAAUAUUCAGUGACAUUUACGGGAAUAUUUGCAUACCCACUUUGACUGCGGGGAGGAGUACACAGAAAGAAGUUUGGCGCAAAAUCCGGAUUGAGUACCAGGCUUAAGGGAAGGGUCAAUCGAUCAUUAAAUAUGGAGCUUGACAUAGACAACGCGCCAAGUUGCAGUUUUGGCAGAAAGGUCGAUAUCGGGGGAAAUUCAAUUAUCCAGUUAUUUGAAGCUCAGGUGAUAAAGUCACCCCAUGCUAUUGCCAUAUCAGGAGACGGAUGCCAGAAAAUUUCCUAUGAGAAGCUGAAUCACAUGGCGUCUAAGGUGCAGAAUAUAAUUACAAGAAAGAUUUUCCCCGACGACUACUUUGUCGUUAGGUUGCUCCCAGCUUCGGUCGAUUUCCUUGUUUGUCAACUCGCUAUACUAAAAUCGGGAUUAACCCAUGCACCACUGGAUCCUGGAAAUUUACUUACCACCUUGAUAAAAAAUAUAGCCUCGUUGCCAAAACCACUCGUCAUAACUCGGAAAAAUCUGGCCUUCCAUUUUACAAUUCCUGACAACGCAAGCGUCCUAUACUUAGACGAUGUCGAAUGUGAUGAAGCCGAAGGUCAGAUUGAAUUGCGGUUACCCGGGAUCAUUACUACUUCUAUUGGGUAUUCACCUUUGUUCUUUUUUACAUCCGGGUCCACUGGAGAACCGAAGGGGGUGCAUGUUCGAAAUUCCUCCCUCCUCAACGUAGUUAACGUAGCCUGUGAAACGUACAGUCUUCACGACAAUGUGGAAAGGUGUAUAUUCUUUUUUAGUACUGGAUUUGAUAUGGCAUUCUAUCAAACAUGGCCAUUUCUUACGACCGGGGGAACCAUUGUAAUCCCUCCAGCUUCUUUAAGGACAGAUAUGGUAGGCUUGCACAAAUUUCUGCAGACCGAGUCCAUCACAGUCGCCAUUUUUCCGGCCUUGGUUGCGUUCAGUCUGGUUCAGUCUCUGGAACAAUUUAGUACCCUUUUUGUCCGAUACCUCUCAAGAUAUCACCAAAUGUGACCAACAAAGUUCACCAACGUAUUUACGAGACGAGGUUGAAGCUGAAUUCGUAAAUAUUUCAUCUGCCUUUGAACCAAUAAAGAUGCCUGGCGGGCCAAACAUUGGCAUUCUGAUUACAGGAGCGCCCGGUACCUUAGCCAUGUACCUCCUACGGGAACUAAUUUUAUCAAAUAAAGCCAAGAACACGACGUACAUAUUCUGUCUGUUAAGAACAUGCGACGGAUCUGAUAUCACCGCUGAAACCAGAUUAUCCCACAAAUGGGAAGAAUUAUUCAAAUCAUCCCUUUCCGAAUUUGUCAAAAAUAGUAGUUUCAUAACCAUAACCGCAAUUUCUGGCGACGUAUCCCAAUCCAUGUUAGGGCUGCAGGAUCCCGCAACUUAUAAACAAAUAGUGUCACGAGUCCGAAUAAUAUUCCACUGUGCCGCGGAUGUCCACAUGUUUAGAAACUAUGCCGCCAUGAAAAUCUCUAACGUUAGGGGAGCACGCAACAUCAUUCAAUUUGCUCUAGAGUCAAAUCCCAGAAAGAAAAUUAACUAUAUCUCCACCGCCGCGGUGUGUGAAGACUAUAAUUCUCCCCUAAGGGCGAGUCCCCUCCACGGAAAUGGUCCGUAUUCACGCGAAGGGUACAGCCAGAGCAAAUGGGUGGCGGAAAAUUUGGUAUGGAAAGCUUCCCAGGCAUUUAACCUGAACGUCUCCAUCUUUCGGUGCGGCUUUAUCUACGGCGGGCAAACCGGUGUCAACAUGAACACCAAGAAAACAGGUGGCACCACCGCAGUCACUCACAUCAUGUCCAUCAUUUACCGGCUCUGCUUCAGGCUUAACUCUUACCCGGUCGAAAUGCUGGAUCCACUAGUUAUAAAAGAAGGUCACGCGGUCAAACACAUUGCAACCGUUGGGGUAUCCACUACUGACGAGUAUGGAACGUUUCAUCAUUUAGGAGGCAAACUGCACGGAGUUAUUGAAAUUUUGCGGAAUAAGUUUGCCUUGAGAGGGAUCCCAUUUAAAGAUUGGUUCGCCCUGUUGCUGAAAAAAUUUGAUGAGGAUCCUGAAGACAUGGACAUUUUUCUAGGAAAGGAAUGGUUUUCACGGAUACGUCAAUAUGUUAAGGAUUCCGGGCAGGAUGCCCUUUUUCAUUUCAAGCUGGAACUAGAAAAAACACCUGUGAUUGGCGGGAUUGAAGAUGAAAUUGGUCCGAACUAUGAUGCGGAAGAGUAUUUGAUCUCCGUUACAAGAUAGGGUUGAAGAUUGAAGCGAAUAUGUCCAGAAAAUAUUACAUAACUGUCCUGUUGCUGAUUUUACGGGUGUACUGUAUUAUUAAUUUUUUUUUAAUUUCAUGGAAAAUAAUUCUCGCAAUUAUCAUUUUCUAACAGAAGUAUUGCGGGGGAGUUGUGUGUCUCCCUUACUUGGGUAGGGAGAGAGAGACUUCUCUUAUUAUAUGCAUAAUAAGUCCAAUUUGAUCAACCGUUUAACUACUUCUAUUUUAUUCACACAAGUUCAGUCAAUACACACAUUCAUACAAAUUAACUAACUAACUAAACUUAACUAACCGAACUAAUCUACGAAGAGAGACUGGAUCUUGUGAAGCCUUGGGGUCCAGGAUCGUCGGUGUGACGCUGAGAUUCUUUUUACCCUGCAUAUAAAAUACUACCCAAUGACCCAACAAAAGAAAUAGAACAAUCAAUCCAACAAAAACUACAUAAGUUGCAUAAUAUGAAUAGAAUUGACAAACACACAUACGAUAACCUUGCACCAAAGCAUUCUUCCGCUCCUAUAUUUUAUGGUUUACCUAAAAUACAUACCUACUUAAUUAAAAGAGAAAAUAUGUCGUACGUUAAACACUUAAAGUAAGUAAAAAAAAAUAUGAAAACGAAAUAAAAUUAUGAAAUAAAGGCUUUUCAUAUCCCGAGCCGGAAAUUAA